AUGCCAGAAAAACUUAAACAUAAUGAAGUUACACUUGAAUGUUCAAUAUGCAAAGAUAUAGCUCACUUUUAUUGUGUUGGAUAUUCUGAGCAAAGCUUUAAGAAAAUGUCGAACAACACAAAAAGUAGAUUCACCUGUACAAACUGCAAAACUACUACAAGCAAGUCUCCAAAAUCAAACGCUGCCGAAAUAAAGAUUGGUACUUCAAUGGAAGAUAAUAUAAAUGAACUUAUGAAGUCGGUAUCGUUUAUGAGUGAUUAG